AUGUGUUAUGAUAAAGCAUUCAAGAUUAAUUAUGAAAAUAUCAAAUUGUUUGACAAAUGGCUAACCAUCUAUUUUCGUAUCAUUACUCGAAUGAACUGCGAAUACAAUGUUAGCCUAUGUACUAUAGAAGAACAAGUGCAAUCGAUACACGGUACAACUGGGAAAAAUCUUAUGUCAACUUCCGGCGAAAUCAUUGAAUUCGAUUCAACGAGGAGUAUGAUGCGCAAAUUGCUUCGGAUACACUCCACCUACUAUGAAUUAGAGGUCGAUUGGGCAGCUAAUCGAUUGGUUCGAAUUACCAGUUGCAUGAAUGCAUUAAUAAAGCAUGAUAGGUUUAUUGAUUGCUGUUUAAGGGAUAAGUUAACUCUUAUAAAGACCUUACCCGAUGGCACAGUAUCACUUAAAAUAGUAGUUCGCCGUUAA